UAAUGAUCCGCCUCUGCCAAGUUGCACGCUGAUGUGGAUCAUUUAUAGAGGCGUUAUAUAGACAGGGGACACAGUGUACUCUGGGACUGCUGGAAAAAAAAAACACCAGCUUCGUCCUGACAACGGCUGAGAAAACACAAUGUAACGGAAUCGGACAGCUCCAGCAAAGGACGUUUCAUCACAGACCGCGGAGUGAGUUGGAGCCCAGUGUAAUAUCUUCUGGUGCAGUGCUUUGCUUCUGGUGCUACAAUGUGGCCUAGCGUGCUGUGGAAAGAAGUGUCAUAGAGCCCAGGGAGCUUCAGUGAGCCGAUCAGCCACCUCUGUCGUCAACAGAACCGAGAGGAACCACAAUCCUGGUAUUAGAAAAGACUGAGGAAGGUCAAGUUCCCUCUUUGCCAAUAAGCUUCGAAGGUGAGAGAACAGAUUCCCAAGAUCCUAGAACCAGGUGAUCAUGAAUUGCUGCUCUCUCCAUGGCUGUGUCCAGCUGACAGUGACCGCCACACUGCUGCUCCUGCUGGGGCAGCUGUCCUCGGGCGCUGAGGGCCCGUCUCCAGCCUCCUUCCUGCAGGACCUGCUGGCUCGCUAUGGGGACAAUGAAACGCUCACUGUGCACCAGCUCAAAGCGCUGCUCAACCGACUGGACGUGGGCGUGGGACCGGGGACCAAUCGCAGCAAAACCCAGCUGCAGAGCAAGAACCUAACCAGGUGCUUUUCUUCCUCCGCUCUCUUCUCCGCUCACAACCUCUCGGAGACGAGCCGGCUGGACGGGCGCAGCCUUCAGGAGUUCUGCCCCACCGUCCUGCAGCAGCUGGAGACCCGGGCUUGCGGGGCGGAGAACCAGGAAAAUGAAGAGGAUGAGCAGGCCCUGGCGGAGGGGAAGCCGAGCGCAGUUGAAGUUUGGGGUUACGGUUUCCUGUGCGUCACUGUGAUUUCCCUGUGCUCGCUGGUGGGGGCCUGCGUGGUUCCGUUCAUGAGGAAAACAUUUUACAAGAGGCUGCUGCUGUACUUCAUAGCUCUGGCUAUCGGGACUCUUUACUCCAACGCUCUAUUCCAGCUCAUUCCCGAGGCGUUUGGUUUCAAUCCUCUGGAGGAUUAUUAUGUGUCCAAGUCUGCUGUGGUGUUUGGGGGUUUCUAUCUCUUCUUCUUCACAGAGAAGGUGCUGAAGAUGGUGCUGAAACAGAAAGAUGGGAAGGGUCACGGGCACAGCCACUACCAGGAGGAGAAGUACGCCCCCAAGGUGGAGCUGGAGGAUGGAGUGAUGGAGAAGCUGCGGAACGGAGAGCUGGAUCAGCCCCCACACGCCGGCGGGGAAGAGGACCAGCGCACGCUGACCGCCGAGGGUACGGUCCUGUCUGCGGCCAUGUCCGUGCAGGACAUGCAGCAGGGGGCGUGCGUCUGGCUGAAGGGCACUCCGUACUCAGACAUCGGGACCCUGGCCUGGAUGAUCACGCUCAGCGACGGGCUGCACAACUUCAUCGACGGCCUUGCCAUCGGAGCCUCCUUCACCGUGUCCGUGUUCCAGGGGGUGAGCACCUCCGUGGCCAUCCUGUGCGAGGAGUUUCCACACGAGCUGGGUGAUUUUGUGAUCCUGCUCAAUGCUGGGAUGAGUAUCCAGCAGGCUCUCUUCUUUAACUUCAUCUCUGCCUGCUGCUGCUACCUGGGGCUGGCAUUCGGCAUCCUGGCGGGCAGCCACUUCUCCGCCAACUGGAUCUUCGCGCUGGCGGGGGGCAUGUUCCUGUACAUCGCCCUGGCGGACAUGUUCCCUGAAAUGAAUGAAGUCAGUAAAGAGGAUGGCAACGACGGCAACACUCUGGUGGCCUUCGCAAUCCAGAAUGCGGGGCUGCUCACUGGCUUCUCCAUCAUGCUGUUGCUCACCAUGUUCUCAGGGCAGAUCCAGCUGGGAUAGGCCAGGCUUCGGCGUGUUCCGGGAGGGUGUGAUCCGGUUUUGGGGGCACCCACACCAGCACUUGCCGGGUCUGUCAUUGAUUUGCUAAGGAAUUACGCUGGAGAGUACAGAAAAGCAUUACGCCUACUGGUGUCUGCCAACCACUGAUAAGAAUAGGAAAAGGACAUCUUGUGCAUUUGCAGCGUGGGAAAAGCAUUUAAACGCAGAGCGAUGAAGCACUGAAAAUGAACAAACGACAGACAACAUUCUCCCACUCUAGGUUAGGCAGUAAAUCUGUUAGUGUUCUUGCACCACGUGAUCUUCUGUUGACGUCCAUCCCAGCUAGCUAGUAGGAUAGUAAGAGGGUAGCGACUGGCGAAUGUUUAUUGAAGUAGUGGAAUAAGAAGAAAUCCUCAUGCCAACAGAAAACAAAAGCAAUGCUCGACAGCCGUAAUCCGUCUUCAGUAGCUCUUUCAGUGCAAUCGUACAACCCUAAAAGACUUCUCGUCCUGUAAUAUCUGUU